AUGGAUGUCAAAGAAGAAACAUGGUUCAAAGCCGCCGCCAUGACCCACCCCGAAGAAAAAUCCGCCGUGCUCCACUUCUACGUCCAGGAUUUUCGAGCGGGUAGUGGCCCGGGCGACACCGUGUACGUGGUGGCAGAAUCCUCAAUCUCCGCCACCUCCCCCACCAACUUUGGGGAAAUGCACGUUACAGACGACCUGAUAACGACCCAACCAGAAGUCAACUCUGAGGUGAUUGGAAAAGCCCAAGGCACCACUAUCUCCGCCGAUUUCCUCGUCUCCGGCGAGCAAAUGUACCUCAAUUUUUACUUCACGGCAGGGGAGUAUGCCGGCAGCUCGCUCACGAUGCUCGGUCGGAACGAGAUCAUGAACGAGGAGCGGGAGAUGCCGAUCGUUGGGGGAACUGGAUUUUUCCGGCUGGCGCGUGGGUACGCGCUGUGA